GUGCGAGGAAAAACGCUGGGAAACCGAAACUUAACUUGCGUUCGCCCUCCCUCGGGUGGUCGUGGCUUGUCGGCACGAGAUUCUGGAUUCGUUGCUAAGAAGCCGGUCUCUCUUAUUGGCCACCACCGCCGACCCUGCCUCCUUACAGGGCUGCAAAACCCAGAGCAUCUGAGAAGGCUGACGUGGAAGCGAGGCUUGCCUGAGUGUUCCCUGCACGAGUUGAAGAACAGAGAACCUCCCAAUGGCUGACCCUAUCACUCUUGCUGUUGGAGCUGUUGCUGGCGCUGCAGCCACAGCUGCUCUCCCAGCAGUUGUUGGGAUGCUGGGUUUUACUGGAGCUGGAAUUGCAGCUGGAUCCACAGCUGCAAGUAUGAUGUCGGCAUCUGCCAUUGCCAAUGGUGGAGGAGUGGCUGCUGGGAGCCUUGUUGCUGUACUGCAGUCAGUUGGUGCUGCAGGUGUGUCAGCAGCUACCAGUGUUGCAGGGGCAGCUGGAGGAGCACUGCUGGGUGCCUUGGGUUCCUUAUUUUAAUAGAAGAGGAAACGGUGGCUGUCCUUGCCCUUUGGAAGAAGAGGAGGACUCUUAAUACUUCAAGAUGAUGUGUUGCCAUUAGCUAAGCAAAGGAAGCUUCACACAGGGAACUAGAUGGUUUACCUUAGAAAUGAGAGUACAGUACUUACCCCAUCUCCAUUGUGUGUUUUUCAUAUCUAUACCAGUGCAGUUUUGAGGAUCCAGUUUUUAACAGGGAAUAACAGCAGGGAAUUUCUCUUGCUUUGAGCUUGGUAGUUUUGUGUAUGGGUGGAACAAAUUUUGCCUUGCUAGCAAUAGAAAUGCCUGUUAUUGAAACUGCAGACUAAAAACUUUGCUGAAAUGCAUGCAUGGUGCAAUAUGACCCUUGACCUCUUGGAUUUCAAAUAUUUUAUCUACCAAUGUCCCUUACAACAACAAACAUUAUGUGAACUUUACUAUUCUAAAACGAGGCCCAAUAGCAGUAAAUAGAGGGAGGGGACAGAAGAGGUUGCUACACGAGUGCUGACAAACUCUGCAUCUGGUACAUUUUAUGAAGUGGGAACAAGACCAGCUUAGGGUGACUGUCCACCGUUAACAUCUCAUAACCCCUGCAUGACUAGGCUGAAGCAUCACUAUGUGUCUGUUGGGCUGAGAUUAUAAACAGUUCUAUCACCGGCUCAUGAUGGAAGAUCUACAUGAACUGAGAGAGAUGUAUAUCUAGCCAAACCAACCUCAUCAUUUUCAUAAGACUUCUGGCUGAAAUGCUAAUAACGUUUUUGGUUUUGUUUGGCUCAAUGACUUGAUAAACUAGUUUCCUAAACAAAAUCUUGUACUUCAAAAUCUGGGGAUUCAAAGUGGCUCGCA